AUGAGUGAAGAAAGCGUUAUUCUCGUCACUGGUGGCUCUGGUUUGGUUGGAAAGGCCAUUGAGUGGGUUAUCACGAACGAGACAGGAAGGUUUGGAAAGAAGGACGGAGAGAAGUGGGUGUUCUUGACGAGUAAAGAUGGUGACCUCAGAUCAGCAGCGGCUACGAAAGAGAUAUUCAAGAAAUACAAACCAACCCAUGUGAUUCAUUUGGCCGCGCUUGUUGGAGGAUUAUUUAAGAAUAUGAAAUAUAAAUUGGAUUUCUUGCGCGAUAAUUUAUUGAUCAAUGAUAAUGUUUUACAUACAGCUCACGAAUACAAGGUCAAGAAGGUUGUGUCUUGCUUGUCAACGUGUAUUUUUCCGGACAAGACAACGUAUCCAAUUGAUGAGACCAUGGUUCAUAAUGGUCCCCCGCACGAGUCCAACUUUGGCUACGCUCAUGCCAAACGAAUGAUUGACGUCCAAAACAAGGCUUAUCACGAUCAGUUUGGAUGCAAGUUCACUUCAGUCAUUCCAACCAACGUGUUUGGUCCACAUGAUAAUUACGAUUUGGAAGAUUCACAUGUCAUUCCUGGACUUGUCCAUAAAUGUUAUUUGGCCAAAAAAAAUGGUACUCCAUUUGUAGUUUCUGGUACCGGCAAACCUCUACGACAGUUCAUUUAUUCGCGUGACUUGGCAAAGUUAUUUGUAUGGGUAUUGCGUGAAUACGAUGAGAUUGAUCCAAUCAUUCUUUCGGUCGGAGAAGAAGAUGAAGUAUCGAUCAAGGACGUGGCUGACGCCAUUGUUAAGGCAGUUGGGUUUGAAGGGACAUAUACAUUCGAUACUUCAAG